AAGCUCAGAAGGAAGUCAGUCCUGCGACACUCCACGUCUCUCAUUCCUGAGUGUACUGUCCGCUGCGAGGAGCACCCGGCUCCGGAUCGCUGUUGCAACAUUACCCAAAACAGGAAAGCAGAACACUUAGCACUACCUCUGAAUCAACAAACGCGGCCUCUUCAAGACCGACUGUUCUGGCUUUCAUCCGACUCUUAUCAUGACACCAAAUCAUUCUCGCAAUCCCUCGGAGGAGACAACUUCCACAGCUUCGUACAACAUGAUACUAGAACACGUCAUGCAGUAUCCUGGCAGCUAUGAGAUUCCCCUUCGGACUAUGUACACUCUCAAUUGUGCACCUCGAGCUCAGCCUUUACCAAAGGAACUGAGCCGUGCACCUUCCCCGAACGGAUCCUACCCUGCCUCACCCAUCUCAGGUCAACAUGCUUGGACUGACGCAGAAUCCACGACUAUGAACUUCACUUCCGCUCUGAUGAGCCACAUGUGCUCCCUUCCUUCGCAGCCGAGCUCACUCCCGCCCUCAUUCAUUGUCUCGUUCGUGUCUCGAUGUUUCCAUCCCUGCCUCUCCCUAGUCGACUUUCCCCAAGCCUUGACUGCUCUGGAUUACCUGAAGGAUUUGGAGAACCGGAGACGCAAGGAAGUUGCAGCUGCUUUUGAGAGGCUUGAUAUUCGCUAUGAUGGCAUCACCGCUGAUGUCGACGCGGUUUCUGAGCGGUAUCCCGGAAUAGCUCUAUGGGCAAAGAACAUCGAGGGCAAGAGCAGGAAAGCCGUGAGCUUCUACUGCUCGCUGUAUCUUGGAUUGCGUCGAUGGAUCCUUGUUAAUGAGCUAUCUCUUCAGCCCUUCAAUCAACUCAACUGUGUAGCUAUGCUCAACACACUUCUUCCUCCGCAAGCCCCUCAAGACUUCGGAAGGCAACUCAUCCCCCUUCUAACCCCAGAAGUGCUUGCAGAAGAGCGCAGCAGCUUCUUUGUGUACAUUCGUCAAGUUAAGAGGAAAGGCCCAUCAGUUCUCCAGCCCGUCAUGGACAUGCAGAAAGAGGCAGGAGACGAGAAUGGCUGGGAUUCCGUGCAACGAACCGUCGAUAAAUACCUUCGCGUGGCUAAGAAUAUGAUUGAUGACUGCAUCUCAACUACCGGUACCGAUGACUUCACUCCAGUUGAAGAGGCGCGGAAAGGCAAGAAAACAGACUCUGGAAUCAGCUUUGGAUCCGAUCGACGGCCGAGCACGGGUAUAAGUACCGUGGAGAAGCCACUCCCCGUGUCACCGCCAGAAUAUAAGUCAACUAUGAAGGGUCUCAGCAGGCUAGAGCGAAUUACACGAGAGUUUAGACGCAUGCGCGUUAAGACUAGACCGGAUGUCGAGGAAAUCGUCAAGAUCGAAAAGCACCCUGCUGCGAAUUAUGUACCAAUGAACGGCGAAAACAAAGGAAAGAAGUCGCUGAAGAAGGCACGAUCUCUUGCCAACAUAGGCAACCUCAAGAGCGCUAACGCCAGCUCCACUUCACUCGUGGGGAGCCGGAAAGGUAGUGAUGCUGUACCCUUCGACCCAGAGGAGAUGAAACGGCAACGUCUCAUGUACGAAGCUUCGACCUCAAACCGAUGGUGAUGACGAAAACGAUAGAGAUUGCGGUAUGACUCGAUAUGUGUGGCCCGAGUGUUAAACAAUCACGAACUACUUAACUGGACGACAACGACUUUUCUUUUGUUACGAGGCUAAAUGGACAAUACACAUCACAGUGAAAUGAGGAGGACGGGAAAUGAUUUCAGUAAGACAUACCAUUAUGUCUGUUUCGAUGCAUAUGCACAUACCCUUCCGUUAGCUUCAUCCUUGUUUUCU